UACCAGGCUGGGAAGGAGCGCGAAGGGCUGGGGGCGGAGCCAAUGGCCCCGCGUGUCUGCUAGAAGAGGGCGGGCAGCGCCGCGGCGCGCGCGAUCCGGCUGACGCAUCUGGCCCCGGUUCCCCAAGACCAGAGCGGGGCCGGGAGGGAGGGGGAAGAGGCGAGGGCGCGCGUGCGCAUUGGCGCGGGGAGGAGCAGGGAUCUUGGCAGCGGGCGAAGAGGCUGCGAGCGAGCCGCGAACCGAGCGGGUGGCGGGCGCGCGCACCAUGGGGGAGAAACCCGGGACCAGGGUCUUCAAGAAGUCGAGCCCUAACUGCAAGCUCACCGUGUACUUGGGCAAGCGGGACUUCGUAGAUCACCUGGACAAAGUGGACCCUGUAGAUGGCGUGGUGCUUGUGGACCCUGACUACCUGAAGGACCGCAAAGUGUUUGUGACCCUCACCUGCGCCUUCCGCUAUGGCCGUGAAGACCUGGAUGUGCUGGGCUUGUCCUUCCGCAAAGACCUGUUCAUCGCCACCUACCAGGCCUUCCCCCCGGUGCCCAACCCGCCCCGGCCCCCCACCCGCCUGCAGGACCGGCUGCUGAGGAAGCUGGGCCAGCAUGCCCACCCCUUCUUCUUCACCAUACCCCAGAAUCUUCCAUGCUCCGUCACACUGCAGCCAGGCCCAGAGGAUACAGGGAAGGCCUGCGGCGUAGACUUUGAGAUUCGAGCCUUCUGUGCUAAAUCACUAGAAGAGAAAAGCCACAAAAGGAACUCCGUGCGGCUGGUGAUCCGAAAGGUGCAGUUCGCCCCGGAGAAACCCGGCCCCCAGCCUUCAGCCGAAACCACACGCCACUUCCUCAUGUCUGACCGGUCCCUGCACCUCGAGGCUUCCCUGGACAAGGAGCUGUACUACCAUGGGGAGCCCCUCAGUGUAAAUGUCCACGUCACCAACAACUCCACCAAGACCGUCAAGAAGAUCAAAGUCUCUGUGAGACAGUACGCCGACAUCUGCCUCUUCAGCACCGCCCAGUACAAGUGUCCUGUGGCUCAACUCGAACAAGAUGACCAGGUAUCUCCCAGCUCCACAUUCUGUAAGGUGUACACCAUAACCCCGCUGCUCAGCGACAACCGGGAGAAGCGGGGUCUCGCCCUGGAUGGGAAACUUAAGCACGAGGACACCAACCUGGCUUCCAGCACCAUCGUGAAGGAGGGUGCCAACAAGGAGGUGCUGGGAAUCCUGGUGUCCUACAGGGUCAAGGUGAAGCUGGUGGUGUCUCGAGGCGGGGAUGUCUCUGUGGAGCUGCCUUUUGUUCUUAUGCACCCCAAGCCCCACGACCACAUCCCCCUCCCCAGACCCCAGUCAGCACCCACCCCCACACCCCCUCUUCCCGUCCCCCCAGCCGCUCCGGAGACAGAUGUCCCUGUGGACACCAACCUCAUUGAAUUUGAUACCAACUAUGCCACAGAUGAUGACAUUGUGUUUGAGGACUUUGCCCGGCUUCGGCUGAAGGGGAUGAAGGAUGACGACUAUGAUGAUCAACUCUGCUAGAAAGCGGGGCGGGAAGAAGGGAGGGGAUGGGGUUGGGAGAGGUGAGGGCAGGAUUAAGAUCCCCACUUUCAAUGGGGGAUUGUCCCAGCCCCUCUUCCCUUCCCCUCACCUGGAAGCUUCUUCAACCAAUCCCUUCACGCUCUCUCCCCCAUCCCCCCAAGAUACGCACUGGACCUUCUCUUGCUGAAUGUGGGCAUUAAUUUUUUUGACUGCAGCUCUGCUUCUCCAGCCCCACCGUGGGUGGCAAGCUGUGUUCAUACCUAAAUUUUCUGGAAGGGGACAGUGAAAAGAGGAGUGACAGGAGGGAAAGGGGGAGACAAAACUCCUACUCUCAACCUCACACCAACACCUCCCAUUAUCACUCUCUCUGCCCCCAUUCCUUCAAGAGGAGACCCUUUGGGGACAAGGCCGUUUCUUUGUUUCUGAGCAUAAAGAAGAAAAUAAAUCUUUUACUAAGCAUGA